CCAUUAGCAUUUCACUUUUAAUGAGUAGGUACCUACUCAUUAGUCUAUUUGUUCACGAAAUAACGCGCAUUGUUUGUACCUACAUACAACUUUAGUUUGUAGGAGUAGGUCGGUAAAGGUAGUACCUUUUACUAUACUAUUUUACAUUGGACAAAGGCAAUAAUUACUUUUUGUUGAUUAUUGUUAAGUGCAUGUGUAAUAUAUAUAUAGAUUUUUCUUUUAUCAUAUCAUGGAACAGAAUAUAAGAAAUAGAAAUAAAUAUGUAAGUCAAGAACAAGAAGAUGAGGAAAAUGAGGACCUACUAAAUGCGUCUAAAAAAGAGACAAUAGUCCAUGUCAAUGACGACGCUUCAUCUUCAAAGGACACCCAAACCAACGCAAACUUAUACUCACUACCUUUACGAGUCAGGACUCUACGAGCAACCAUCUACGUACUCUCCAAAGCCUUAAACCUAGCCUAUGUUCCACUAUUUAUUUACAGAAUCUUCGAGAGACGAAAACGAUGUACACCUGUAACAGAUCCUAUAUUGAAAAUGCCUGCUGUGGAGCUAGCUAAAAAAAUUAGACGAAAAGAGAUGUCAUGCCUACAUGUAGUUGAAGCCUACAUAUGCAGAAUCAAAGAAGUCAAUCCGUUACUAAACGCUGUCAUUGAAGAUAGAUUUGCUGAAGCUUUAGAAGAUGCUAAAAAAGUUGAUGAACUAGUUUCAAGAAAGGACUUCCUAGAAAAUGAAGAAGCAGUUGCAAAAGAAUACCCACUUUUAGGUGUCCCAAUAACAAUUAAAGGUAGUUUAGCCGUUAAAGGCAUGAAAUACACUAGCGGAACACGUACAAGGAAAGACGUUAGAGCUGAAAUUGAUGCAGAUGCUGUUGCUUUAGCAAGAGCAGCAGGGGCUAUUCCAUUAUUAGUCUCUAACGUUCCAGAGCUUUGCAUGAGUUGGGAAACAUCCAAUAAACUUAUAGGAACUACCAAAAACCCCCAUGACACUAGGAGAACUUGUGGAGGCUCAUCGGGAGGCGAAGCGAGUCUCCUUGGAGCAGGAGCUUCAGUGCUAGGAAUAGGAUCGGAUGUGGCAGGAUCCCUAAGACUACCAGCUCAUUAUUGUGGGGUUUGGGGUCACAAACCUACCCCUCGUGCAGUAUCUUUUGAAGGCCACUACCCUGAUAGUCGAUCGAGGGAUGUUUGGGAGGAAAUUUUUACAGUGGGACCCAUGGCUAGAUAUGCUACUGACCUACCCACCUUAUUGCAGGUGAUUGCUAAGCCGGAAAAAAGGGAAAUGUUGAAUUUAAAUGAAAAGAUUAAUAUUAAAGAUAUUAAAAUUUACUAUUCAGAAUUUGAGGAUUUUUACUGGCAGAAGCCGAAUAGUCAUUGCAGAGAGGCAGUUACGAAAGUUGUCGAUCAUUUUUCAAAAAUAUGUAAUACUAAGCCUCAGAAAAUUGAUUUCUUUUUGAAACAAAACCUCCCAGACAUGAUCGCCUGUGAUAUAUUGACAACUAAAGAUAUUGACGAUGAGUUUGAUGGUAAUGCUAAUGGUGCCUUCAAAGAACUAUUUAAGUACGCGGCUUUCCAAUCUGACCACACCUUCAUGCUAAUAAUGUGUGGCAUAUUACGAAGACUAGCUACAACUUUUUCAGGAAAACGAAAACCGCAUAUUGAUGAAAUUAUUGGUAAAGUUAAGAAGCUUUACGAGGGUAUUUUAAAAGAUAAUGGGGUGAUUAUAGUACCAACAUUCCCAGUUGAAGCCCCCAGACACGGAGAUGUGCUACGGGUAGCCCUUUCUUCUGGAUGUUUGAGUUUGUUUAACGGAUUGGGAUACCCAGUAACUAAUUGUCCUGCUGGAGCUACCAAAAGUGGAAUACCAAUUGGAAUACAGGUGGCAUCGUUGCCAUAUGGUGAUAAGUUGACCUUAGCCGUCGCCCAAGAAAUUGAAAGGAGUUUUGGUGGAUGGAUUGAACCCUGAUCAAACAAAUAAUAUCAGUAACUGUUAAGGCAUUGGAUAUUUAUUGUGAUGUGCACAUUUUUCGUUUUAUAAUGUUUUAUAAUAAAAGUAAGAUGGUGUUUUGAAAAUUGAAUAAAAACUAUAUUUUGAA